CUUCUCCAUGGGGCUUGAUUUCAGUAUGUCAUAGAAAUCACUAACGCGGCCACAGAUCAUCGGGGGUGGACUGCACGUGAACGAUGGAGACUAAAUGUCCUGCGGAGUUGUGCAAGGGCGUCUCAGAGUUGUUGAGGCAUCAUGGCGUGAUUCUGUUACGAGAGACAAUGCAAUAAGGAGUCGUAAGGGAGCCACGAACGAAGCGGCUUUUGGAGAAGAGGGGGACGCGAGUCAGAACUGCUGCGGAGAUGCAAACCGCUCGGUCGGCGCGUUGGGUGGGGGGCAAAGAAAAGAUUAAUGAAAAUUGGCAUGAGGAUAAGCAUAGAGGACAAGAAAUGCAAAUUCGAAUAAG